GUGGCCUAUAUAAGCCUCAUACAGGCCAUGGGAAGACAUUACCUGUUGAUAACACAGACUAUUUUCAUGAUCAUGGGCGGUGUGAGAGAAUUGCUGCUCUUUGUGGUGACUGUGGGGGUUGUGAAAGUUUCUUGUUACCCUGUUGGAAAGUCCCAGAAGCAAGAACAAGUCUCUCUGCAGAGGAGACUUGGAGAGCUGUCAUCAAAUGACGUCUCCAUUGUGCAUGCCCUGGCCUUGCUCCGAUCCAUAGGGUCUGACGCUAAACAAGACAGAGAAGAGUAUUUCGAGACUAAUGAAGUAGAAUCCCAAGCUUCUCCAAACCAUGGUAGCUCUCCGGCAAAUGAUGCCCUGUCCUCUGACGACGCUACCUCUGAAGCUGCCACUGGCCCGUCUGACGACGCUACCUCUGAAGCUGCCACUGGCCCGUCUGACGACGCUACCUCUGAAGCUGCCACUGGCCCGUCUGACGACGCUACCUCUGAAGCUGCCACUGGCCCGUCUGACGACGCUACCUCUGAAGCUGCCACUGGCCCGUCUGACGACGCUACCUCUGAAGCUGCCACUGGCCCGUCUGACGACGCUACCUCUGAAGCUGCCACUGGCCCGUCUGACGACGCUACCUCUGAAGCUGCCACUGGCCCGUCUGACGACGCUACCUCUGAAGCUGCCACUGGCCCGUCUGACGACGCUACCUCUGAAGCUGCCACUGGCCCGUCUGACGACGCUACCUCUGAAGCUGCCACUGGCCCGUCUGACGACGCUACCUCUGAAGCUGCCACUGGCCCGUCUGGCGACGCUACCUCUGAAGCUGCCACUGGCCCGUCUGACGACGCUACCUCUGAAGCUGCCACUGGCCCGUCUGACGACGCUACCUCUGAAGCUGCCACUGGCCCGUCUGACGACGCUGCCACUGGCCCGUCUGACGACGCUACCUCUGAAGCUGCCACUGGCCCGUCUGACGACGCUGCCACUGGCCCGUCUGACGACGCUACCUCUGAAGCUGCCACUGGCCCGUCUGACGACGCUACCUCUGAAGCUGCCACUGGCCCGUCUGACGACGCUACCUCUGAAGCUGCCACUGGCCCGUCUGACGACGCUACCUCUGAAGCUGCCACUGGCCCGUCUGACGACGCUACCUCUGAAGCUGCCACUGGCCCGUCUGACGACGCUACCUCUGAAGCUGCCACUGGCCCGUCUGACGACGCUACCUCUGAAGCUGCCACUGGCCCGUCUGACGACGCUACCUCUGAAGCUGCCACUGGCCCGUCUGACGACGCUACCUCUGAAGCUGCCACUGGCCCGUCUGACGACGCUACCUCUGAAGCUGCCACUGGCCCGUCUGACGACGCUACCUCUGAAGCUGCCACUGGCCCGUCUGACGACGCUACCUCUGAAGCUGCCACUGGCCCGUCUGACGACGCUACCUCUGAAGCUGCCACUGGCCCGUCUGACGACGCUACCUCUGAAGCUGCCACUGGCCCGUCUGACGACGCUACCUCUGAAGCUGCCACUGGCCCGUCUGACGACGCUACCUCUGAAGCUGCCACUGGCCCGUCUGACGACGCUACCUCUGAAGCUGCCACUGGCCCGUCUGACGACGCUACCUCUGAAGCUGCCACUGGCCCGUCUGACGACGCUACCUCUGAAGCUGCCACUGGGCCGUCUGACGACGCUACCUCUGAAGCUGCCACUGGCCCGUCUGACGACGCUACCUCUGAAGCUGCCACUGGCCCGUCUGACGACGCUACCUCUGAAGCUGCCACUGGCCCGUCUGACGACGCUACCUCUGAAGCUGCCACUGGCCCGUCUGACGACGCUACCUCUGAAGCUGCCACUGGCCCGUCUGACGACGCUACCUCUGAAGCUGCCACUGGCCCGUCUGACGACGCUACCUCUGAAGCUGCCACUGGCCCGUCUGACGACGCUACCUCUGAAGCUGCCACUGGCCCGUCUGACGACGCUACCUCUGAAGCUGCCACUGGCCCGUCUGACGACGCUACCUCUGAAGCUGCCACUGGCCCGUCUGACGACGCUACCUCUGAAGCUGCCACUGGCCCGUCUGACGACGCUACCUCUGAAGCUGCCACUGGCCCGUCUGACGACGCUACCUCUGAAGCUGCCACUGGCCCGUCUGACGACGCUACCUCUGAAGCUGCCACUGGCCCGUCUGACGACGCUACCUCUGAAGCUGCCACUGGCCCGUCUGACGACGCUACCUCUGAAGCUGCCACUGGCCCGUCUGACGACGCUACCUCUGAAGCUGCCACUGGCCCGUCUGACGACGCUACCUCUGAAGCUGCCACUGGCCCGUCUGACGACGCUACCUCUGAAGCUGCCACCGGCCCGUCUGACGACGCUACCUCUGAAGCUGCCACCGGCCCGUCUGACGACGCUACCUCUGAAGCUGCCACCGGCCCGUCUGACGACGCUACCUCUGAAGCUGCCACCGGCCCGUCUGACGACGCUACCUCUGAAGCUGCCACCGGCCCGUCUGACGACGCUACCUCUGAAGCUGCCACCGGCCCGUCUGACGACGCUACCUCUGAAGCUGCCACCGGCCCGUCUGACCAUGCCAUUGAGGAACUGUUCACUUCUGCAUCUCAGCCCCCGUUGACCACAAUCAUGGAUAUCUGACGUGGGACAUGGUGCUCGGGGUCCAUGCAAGUGUUCAUGGGUUUUCUAGUCCAGGUUGUGUGUGUAACUGCAUUUUCUUGUUUUGGCAUCAAUUAAACGCUAACUGUAAUAAUUGUGUCCUCAGUAUU